UCUCUCUCCUUCUCACCGCUCCCGCCUUUCCAUCCAAAACCCUCCUCCUCCGAUCACCACCGUCUUCACUACCAUGUGCUACGGCCAGCAACGACCUUUCUCCCGAGACACCCCGACCCCACCGCGAGCCGCCCUAUCCCUCAACGACUACCACAACGCCGCCGCGGUCGAAGAUCUCCGCGGCCGGCUCGCUGAGACGGAGGCGCGUCUCACCCGCGCUAGGGCUCGCGAGGCCGAGCUCAACCGCCGCCUCGACGAGAUGAAACGCUUCGUCUCCGUCAUGGAGAUCCUCGAGACCUUUCUCCGGCGACGGUUCCGGGAGCAGCAGGAACACGCGUCUCGCCUCUUCCCCACCUCACGUAAAUAGAAACAGUCUCCUCCUCCUCCUCCUUCAAUUUCAUCGAACACUUUGUGUUCAUAGUUUUACUCUCUUUUUUCUGGGUUGAUUAUCCUGGUUGUGUUUGUGUUGCAUUACUAUUUUUGAUGGAAAUUAUUACUGUGGAAGAUUAUUCAUAGCAAAUGAGAUUUACUGAUUUACUGUGAGAGUUACUCUCAAUCUGAAUGUGAAUGUUGUUCUUAUUGCGUAUAGUGUGAAACAUUUUAGAGCA